CUUUUAGGACUCCAAUGGUUCGCGCCACUCGGGAUCGAGGUCACGGGAGUAAACCACACCACAGAGGCCGACUGGGAGCAGCAGCUGGCGAGGGACUUCCAAGAAGUAUUCGACGGCACCCUAGGCAAGUACAAAGGGCCCCCUAUCUCUUUUAGCCUAGACCCAAAUGUCGCCCCCAUACGCCUAAAACCCAGACGGGUGCCUUUUGCACUCCGGAAGAAAAUAGACGAGCAGAUUGACAAACUCGUCAAACAGGGGGUUUUGCAGCCAAUCGACCACGCCCGGUGGGAGACCCCUAUAGUCACCCCAGUCAAACCAGAUGGGUCAGUAAGGAUCUGCGGGGACUAUAAGGCCACCCUCAAUUGCGCCCUGCAACAAAGCGCCUACCCCGUCCCAGUAGUGCAACACCUAUUACACUCGCUGGGGGGGGGCAAGGUCUUUGCGAAGCUCGACCUGGCGCAAGCCUAUCAGCAACUGCCGGUCGAUGAAGAAACCGCCGAGGCGCAAACAAUAGUCACCCACCGGGGAGCGUUUCGUUGUAACCGACUCCAGUUUGGAGUCAGCGUAGCCCCAGGAAUCUUCCAGAGCCUCAUGGAGAGACUGCUGCGAGGAAUCAAGGGGGUGGUUCCCUAUUUUGACGAUGUAUUGGUGUCAGCAGCCAACCAGGAGGAACUAGAGGGUCGCCUAAGGGAGGUGCUAGAAAAAUUCAAAGGGGCCGGGCUAAAGGUGAAGAAAGAGAAAUGCCAGCUAUACACAGAGCAAGUCGAGUUUCUGGGGUACCUCCUAGACCGACAUGGCAUCCACCCAACCGGAAGCAAGGUCAAAGCCAUAAAGGAAGCCCCCACACCCAAGAACAAAACAGAGCUGCAGGCAUUUCUGGGACUGCUAAAUUUUUACAAUGUGUUCUUGCCCCAAAAGGCGACCGCGGCGGAGCCUUUGCAUAGGCUCCUGGACAGGACGGCCAAAUGGACCUGGGGGAAACGGGAGGACACCGCAUUCAAGAAUACCAAAGACCUGCUCACCUCGGAUGCCGUUCUCAUUCAGUAUAAUGAGACCCUACCCAUCGCCGUCACAUGCGACGCCUCACCAUUUGGCGUCGGCGCUGUCCUCAGCCAUACACUCCCAGACGGAAAAGAAGCACCCAUCGCUUUCUUUUCAAGAACACUCAGCAAACCCGAAAGAAACUACAGCCAAUUAGAUAAGGAGGCACUGGCCAUCGUCGCAGCAGUAAAAAAGUUCCACGAGUACCUCUACGGCCGCCGAUUCACCCUCAUCACGGACCACAAGCCGCUGCUAGGCAUCCUGGCGGGGAACAAGGCCACCCCGAACAUCCUAUCCCCCAGGAUGACAAGGUGGUCUGAGUUCCUCGCCGCCUACGACUACCGGCUCACACACAGACCGGGUAAGGCGAUCUCCCAUGCAGACGCGUUGAGCCGCUCGCCGCUUCCCGACCUAGACGACGAUCCAGCUCCCACGACGACCACCCUCAGCAUAGAGACAUUGCCGGACCUACCCAUAACCGCGUCAGACAUUGCCCGAGAGACUAAUAAAGACAAGCGUCUGGCGCGGGUAUUACAUUGGGUAGCAAAGGGAUGGCCAGAGAAAGACAGCGAUGAUGCAUUCAGGACAUUCCGAAACCGGCAAACAGAACUGUCACUACAGAAAGGUUGUUUGUUAUGGGGGGACAGGGUGGUCAUACCGGAAAAACUGCAAGGGAAGGUAUUACAAUUAUUACACGAAGGGCACCCGGGGAUUGGGCAUCACUGCUCAUUCGACCUGGAGCGCUGCGAUGUUGACAACAUGGGCCAAAAGCGCCAAUAG